CUCUCACUCUAUACGUCCUCAAGUGAUUUGUGAAACCACAAUAUAUACCCUCUCUUCUUUGAACCCUUAUAAAUUUGAAAUUUGGUUGGAUACUUUUAUAUUUCUAUUUUACGUUCCAUGGAGAGUUCGUCCAAAGUGUUGCGAAAAGGUGCAUGGACUGCUGAAGAAGAUAGUCUCUUGAGACAGUGCAUAAAUAAGUUUGGAGAAGGCAAAUGGCACCAAGUUCCUUUAAGAGCUGGGCUAAACCGGUGCAGGAAGAGUUGUAGACUAAGAUGGUUGAACUAUCUGAAACCAAAUAUCAAGAGAGGAAAACUUAGCUCUGAUGAAGUCGAUCUGCUUCUUCGCCUUCAUAGGCUUCUAGGAAACAGGUGGUCUUUGAUUGCUGGUCGAUUGCCUGGUCGGACCGCAAAUGAUGUCAAGAAUUUUUGGAACACUCAUCUGAGUAAGAAACAUGAACCGUGUUGUAAGAUUCAGAUGAAAAAGAGAAACAUUAAUUCUCAUCCUACCACACCGGUCCAAAAAAUUGAUGUUUUUAAGCCACGACCUCGAUCCUUCACAAUUAAUAACGGCUCCAGCAAUCUCAAUGGCCGGCCACAAGUUGACGUUAUUCCUUCAUGCUUUGGACUCAAUAACAAUAAUGUUUGUGAAAAUAAUAUGACAUGUAACAAAGAUAAGGAGAAAGCUGAGCAUAUCAAUAAUUUCAUUGAUGGAGAUAAUAUAUGGUUAGAGAAUUUACUAGAUGAUAGCCAAGAGGUAGAUGCCCUAGUUAGAGAAGUGACGGCAACAGAGAAAGGGGGCACCAUGGCGUUUGACGUUGAGCAACUUUGGAGUAUGAUUAAUGGAGAAUUUGAUUAGUGUGUGUGGCCAUUUGUUUGCAUUUCUGUAUGGGUAUGUUUUCGCUUUUAGUGUGUAUUUUUCGGAAUGAACUACUAUUUUAAUCAUGUAAACAAUAAACUUUUAUGUUUCUGUGUGAAUAAGAUUUUG